GUGGCAGCUGUGCAGGGGAGAGUGGGUUCCGGUUACCGGCAUUAAGCUCGUACUCAGAUGUGUUUGGGGAUCAGAUGGGGAAGAACGGGGAGGUAUGUGGAAUCUGUGGUAAUCAGAUGGAGGGAACCGGAAAGUGCCUUAUCUUGAUCCAAUCCUUCCGCAAUCACACAUCCAAAGAGAAUAAAGGAUUGGAAAUAUUUAAGGCUGACUCUGCAGUGUGUUCAAAGUGUUCUGAAAAUAAGAACACUAAAGAAGAAAAGCUAGUGGAUGGUUCGGAGGCUAACAAUCAUCUAGAUGGUGGUGAUAAGCAUGCAAAUAAUGCAUGGACAGAUGCAGAAACGCUACUUCUUUUGGAAGCUGUUCUCAAGCAUGGUGAUGACUGGGAUCUUAUUGCCCAGCACGUCCGGACCAAGAAUAAACUUGAUUGUAUUGCAAGACUUAUACAUUUACCUUUUGGCGAGCAUAUGUUAGGCCCCAUUCGUAAUAAGUUGGAUACUAGUAGGAACCCAGUCAGUGGAGUAACCAAAGAAGCUCAGUAUGUGCUGAAGGAACAAUUAGAAGAGACCGUAAAAGAAGAUGGUGAGCAGAUCACUGCUACUAAUGAAAAGAAGAAAGUCACCGAGGAAUCUUCCCCAGAACCUCCUACCAAAAAAAGAUGCUUAGCUUCUUUUACUGACGUUACAGAUUCGCUAAUGAACCAGGUAGCUCUCCUGUCUACAGUAGGAGGACCACAUGUCGCUACGGCAGCAGCUGAGGCUGCUAUUGCAGCAUUGUGCCAUGAGAACCCAUGUGCGCUGAAGGCUUUUGAGAUUGAUAGAAAUGACAACACUAACAAACUUGGGCCAACUAUGCAGUAUGAGACAGAGAGUUAUUCCAGCAACCACAGGUUUGAAGAUCAGGAGGUAAAGAGGCAUAAGCAGACAGAGUCUUCUCCUGAAAAGAGUUUUGGUGCCACGACAUUUCGACUUAGAGCGGCCAUUGCAACAUCUUUAGGAGCAACAGCUGCUCGUGCCAAGCUUUUGGCAGACCAGGAAAUGAGGGAGAUGGAGCUUCUGAUGGCAUCUAUUAUUGAAAUGCAGCUGAAAAAGCUGAAAAUCAAGAUGAAGCAUUUUGAGGAGCUAGAGCUCAUAAUGGAGAAGGAAUACCUGCAAGUCCAACAACUCAAGGAGUCGAUACUCGAAGAGUGGGUAGGCAUCUUGAAGCAAGCAGCUCGUGCUGGUAUCCCCAGGUGGAAGAAUAACGGACUGCCCAAGCUCGUAAUGAACACCAAUGUGUAACAAAACAGUUCAAUACGAAACCAGUUCAUCUCCAGCCCCAUUUG